AUGCAAGAAGACGAUCAUGAUGAUGUCGUCCCAUUCAAGGGCGAUUUCUUCGGUGCUGCGGAGGAGUAUGCUAGCGGCGACCUCCCAUUCGACGAGGAUCGUGAUGACCGGUUCGACGAUCAGGCCCGCCAGCAGGACGAAGUAGACGAGUUGAGUGAUGACAAACUCUCCGAUGACGAUGCGGUGGGACGUGAUAUCCUCCAGCCCAGCCCUGAAGUUCAGCGCGAUGGACACAAGCUUCCACCUCCACCAAUCCCUUCCAUUCCAGGCAGUCCUGCCCAGCAUGGCGCCGACCUUGAACAGGGUGCCAUAGAUAUUCCGGCUGAUGCUUCAGCUGAGCCACCAGCACGACCGCCGCCGCCGAGUAAUGCACCUGGUGGGGUGCACCCGGAUAGUCAUGAACAAAUCUGUCGGCCGCCUGCGUACAUUGUCGCCUUUGGAGGUAAAGCCGGUGCUCCCGUCCCUGCCGAGCCCGCUGCCGGGCGUUCGUCGCAGUCACGCUACACGUCAUAUGCCGUCUUCGUCAUUUAA